CACACAGACACAGUCUAGAAAAUCCUGUACUGUCUACUGUCAGAGUUCAGCAGUCAUGGAAUGGUGUAGCAUGGUAAGAUUCUGGCUGCCAGGGAGAAUUAAUUUCAAUGAAGGAAUUACAGAGUACCUUUGAGAAUUUAGGGCUUCAUAUCAGGACUGUCCCCGGGAACUUUUCUUUUUUAAAUGCUCAUCUAACAGCCAGAAGGAUUUUACAGUGGAAGUUGGUGAUAAUCUCCCAUUUGAUUUGAAAUAUAUAUUUUUUUUUUUUAUCCAAAAUGGCAAAGUGUCACCUUUUGCACUUAAGCCCUUGUGCAUUACGGAGAAAUCAUUUGGAACAGGCAAGGUCCCCUGAAGAUAAUACUGAUUUGUUUGAAAUGAUUGAAAAGAUGCAGGGCUGCAGAAUGGAUGAACAAAGAUGUACUCUCCCACCUACACUUAAAACUGAAGACGACUACAUACCUUACCCCAGUGUGCAUGAGGUCCUGGCCCGCACAACCCCAUUUCCCCUCAUUCUCCUGCCCCAGUUUGGGGGUUACUGGAUCGAAGGGACCAACCAUGACUUAAACAGCCCUCCCGAGAUAGAGCAGCUGCUGUCCCCGACCGCUCGCAUCAAGCUGGAGUGCAACACCACCGCCAAGCUGUUUAGGAAGCACUUUCUCGGCAAGGAGCAUUUUAAUUUCUACUCCACGGACAGCACCCUGGGACACCUGGUCUUCUCAAUGAAGUACGAUGUGAUUGGGGACCAGGAGCACCUGCGUCUGCUCCUGCGAACUAAACUGAAAACGUACCACGAUGUCAUUCCAAUAUCCUGCCUCACUGAGUUUCCCAAUGUUGUACAAAUGGCAAAGCUCAUUUGUGAAGACGUGAAUGUCGACAGAUUUUAUCCUGUCUUGUACCCCAAGGCUUCACGACUGAUUGUUACUUUUGAUGAGCAUGUCAUCAGCAACAACUUCAAGUUCGGAGUCAUCUAUCAGAAAUUUGGACAGACAAGUGAAGAGGAGCUCUUUGGAAACAGUGAGGAGAGUCCGGCCUUCGUCGAGUUUCUGGAGCUGCUGGGGCAGAAGAUUGAACUCCACGAUUUCAAAGGUUUUCGUGGAGGUCUGGACGUGGCACAUGGGCAGACUGGCACAGAGUCUGUAUACUACAACUUCAGAAACAAAGAGAUCAUGUUCCACGUGUCGACCAAGCUGCCGUACACCGAGGGAGACACGCAGCAGCUGCAGAGGAAGAGGCACAUAGGAAAUGACAUUGUGGCCAUAGUGUUCCAGGAUGAGAGCACGCCGUUCGUGCCGGACAUGAUCGCGUCCAACUUCCUGCACGCCUACGUCGUGGUACAGGUGGUGAACCCCUGCUCCGAGAACACACUCUAUAAGGUGUCUGUAACCGCCCGAGACGAUGUGCCUUUCUUUGGACCUGCAUUACCGAACCCGGCCAUUUUCAAAAAGGGACCAGAGUUCCAUGAGUUCUUGCUGACGAAGCUGAUCAACGCAGAGUAUGCUUGCUACAAAGCUGAGAAGUUUGCAAAGCUAGAGGAGCGCACGCGGACCGCCCUUCUUGAGACUCUAUACGAAGAAAUGCACAUCAACAGUCAGUCAAUGAUGGGCAUCGGGGGAGAGGACGACAAGAUGGAGAAUGGGGCAGCAGGGGGAGGGGGCUUCUUCGAGUCCUUCAAGCGGGUGAUCCGCAGUAGAAGCCAGUCAAUGGACGCCAUGGGCCUCAGUAACAAGAAGCAAAACACAGUCUGCACUAGUCACAGCGGGAGCUUUGCCCACAGUGCACCCGAGACCCCCAAAUCACCUGGGAUAUCAUUGCUUGUGCCAGGGAAAAGCCCCAGUAAAUUUGGACGCCGCGGCAGUGCCAUUGGCAUAGGAACUAUAGAAGAGUCCUUGAUUAUCCCGGGGAAGAGUCCAACCAGGAAGAAGUCUGGUCCCUUCAGCUCUCGCCGGAGCAGCGCCAUUGGGAUUGAAAACAUCCAAGAGGUGCAGGAGAGGAGCAGGGAAUGUUCCCCGAGUACCCAGAAGGCAGCGGACAGUGGUCACAUAUCCCAGGAACCCAAGUCGGAUUCAUCCAAUCAGAGUUCACCUGAGAUGCCCACAACCAAGAACAGCUAUUCUGUGUAUUGCAGAGCUGCCUCCAUCCCCGAGGCCAAUGACCUGUCUCGCUCCUCAUCCAACGCUAGCAGCUUCGCCAGUGUGGUGGAGGAGAACGAAGUCCUUGAGGAAUACGACACUGGAAUGGAGAGCCUGUCGUCCGCUGGGACCCCUCACAAACGGGACUCCUUCACCUAUAGCCCCUGGCUCGAGGACAGUAUCAGCAGUGCCAGCGCAGCCAGCGGAGGGAAUUCACCAGUGCCAGCGCGCUGCCCCCAGCCCGACUCGGGGAAACCAGCAGAGCCCUCGAGACCCGAGAUCCGGAUCAAACUUGAGAAGCCCCAUGAGCAGACGUCAUCGCAUUCCCAUAAGAAACACAAAAUCAAGGAGCUGAGACGAGCACGGAUGUUUGCCACGACGGACGACGGCAGCCAGCCGCCUGGGUUCUGAAGAGCUACAACCAUCACUGCGAUAGAAGUAUGACGUACAUCCUCCGGGUCACACAGCAAAGGUGCCGGGAGGCACAGGACUCUGAACUUGUAACUAGAAUCCUCAUUCCACUGACCACGUGACAUACCACAUUCCCAGCAGCCCUUGCAGACUCUGCCAAGGGGCCCGCCUCGAGUCAAGAAGGACCUGAUUUGCACUGUGUUCAUGUUUGUUUGUUGUUUGUUUAUUUAUCAGUUUUAUUUAACACUCUGCCCUACUAAAGCUUUUGUCUGUAUAACUAAUGGACCAAGUGAUAAAAAAUAGAAACAGA